GUUUGAUUCUCUUGUCUCUCUCUCUCUCACUGUGGAGAAGCCUAUUUAAAAAGAGGUGAAGGGGAAGUGUUUCUUCCCAUGCAAUUUGUUUUUUGCAGUCUUCAAAAAGAAAAACCCCAUUAUCAUUCUACUUCAGUAAUUUACACACUUUUGUCUCAUCCCUUUCCUUCUCCAUCUUCAAAAUCUAAAAAACCCCAUUAUCAUUCAUAUAUAUACUAAUUAUACUUCUCAUUAUUUCAGUAACACAUUACAUAUAUUUAUCAAAUCUUCCACUUACUUAUAUACAUACCUUUACAACGACGACAAGAAGAAGAUAUGUCAAGCAGAAGAUCUAGAUCUAGACAGUCAGGUAGUUCAAGAUCAAUCACUGAUGACCAAAUUAAUGAUCUUGUUUCUAAGCUGCAACAACUUCUUCCCGAGAUUCGUCACAGGCAAUCCGAUAAGGUUUCAGCAUCAAAAGUGUUGCAGGAGACGUGUAACUACAUACGAAACCUACACAGAGAAGUGGAUGAUUUGAGUGAGAGACUUUCGGAGUUGUUGGCAACAUCUGAUACUGCUCAAGCUGCCAUUAUUAGGAGUUUACUGAUGCAAUAGAGAGAGAUCAAAAUUAAAAGUAGCUAAUUAAUUUUGAGUUUUUCUUUCUUUCUUUCUUUCUCUCUUUUCCUUUUUUUUGCUAUGUUUGGUUUCUGACAUAGUUGCUGUUUUCAAUGCCCUUUCAGAGACACUUCCAUCAUAAUGUUGUUUUGUAAAAGAUCUUCUCAAUCCAAGUCCUUAUUAUUAUCAUUCAUCAAUAAAUUUUCUUCUUCCUUUUC